GAUGGUGUGGCCACCCGUCCCCUAUCCCCUUCCGCGCGAGGCCUCUAUAAGAAAAAUCUGCCACUCCGCUCCGCACUUGCACUCGCGCUCGCGUCGCUGCUCUGGUUCUCGACCCCCAAGCGACGCCACCCCCACGUCCGGACCCGCCGUUCCUCCGAGGAAAUGGCUGCACUUCAACCCUCAUUUUCAUCAACAAUGGCUCUGAGGAGCAGCGGCAGCAAUCUUAAGUUCCCCAAAACUGCACUUCUACCUGGUUUUGGUGGCAUUUCACGUCAAGACAUGCAAGACAGGAAUGCUAGCUUCGCUUGUUUAAUCCCCAAGGUUGCUUCGGUAACUGAUCAGUCAAUAGCAGAACCAUCAAAACCCAGGAAAAAUAAGCACACAGUCGACCCUACAGCACCAGAAUUUCUGCCACUCCCAUCAUUUGAAGAAUGCUUUCCAAGGAGUACCAAAGAAUCAAGUGAAAUCGUUCACGAGGAAUCUGGUCAUGUCCUCAAGGUCCCAUUCCGAAGAGUCCAUUUGACUGGAGAUCAGAAGCACUUUGACACAUAUGACACAAGUGGUCCUCAAAAUAUAAGCCCAAGGACUGGGCUCCCAAAGAUAAGGAAGGAAUGGAUUGAUAGGAGGGAAAAGCUGGGUAGUCCUCGUUACACGCAAAUGUAUUAUGCUAAACAGGGAAUCAUAACAGAGGAGAUGAUAUACUGUGCCAAGCGUGAGAACCUUAGUCCUGAAUUUGUCCGGACAGAAGUUGCCCGAGGACGAGCCAUAAUUCCUUCCAACAAGAGGCACCUGGAAUUAGAACCCAUGAUUGUUGGAAGAAACUUCCUUGUAAAGGUGAAUGCAAAUAUUGGGAAUUCAGCUGUUGUGAGCUCCAUCGAGGAGGAAGUUCACAAGCUCCAGUGGGCCACAAUGUGGGGAGCUGAUACUGUCAUGGAUCUUUCAACUGGGCAACAUAUCCAUGAGACUCGGGAAUGGAUUAUUCGUAACUCUCCAGUUCCUAUUGGGACUGUUCCUAUUUACCAAGCACUUGAGAAAGUAAAUGGUAUUGCAGAAAAUCUGAGCUGGGAAAUCUUUAGGGAUACCUUGAUUGAACAAGCUGAGCAGGGUGUUGAUUACUUCACAAUCCAUGCUGGUGUCCUGCUUCGUUACAUUCCUCUUACAGCAAAGAGAAUGACUGGCAUAGUUUCGCGUGGCGGCUCCAUUCAUGCAAAAUGGUGCUUAACUUAUCACAAGGAGAACUUUGCUUAUGAACACUGGGAUGACAUUCUUGACAUAUGCAAUCAAUAUGAUGUGGCGUUAUCAAUUGGUGAUGGUCUGAGGCCUGGUUCUAUUUAUGAUGCAAAUGAUAGUGCUCAGUUUGCAGAGCUGUUGACUCAAGGGGAACUAACACGUCGAGCAUGGGCGAAAGAUGUGCAGGUGAUGAAUGAAGGCCCAGGGCACAUCCCAAUGCAUAAAAUUCCUGAAAACAUGGAGAAACAGCUGGAAUGGUGUAAUGAGGCACCUUUCUAUACGUUGGGUCCACUGACAACUGAUAUUGCACCUGGUUAUGAUCACAUCACCUCAGCCAUUGGUGCUGCCAACAUUGGAGCUCUUGGCACUGCACUCCUUUGUUAUGUAACACCAAAGGAGCACCUUGGGCUGCCUAAUCGUUAUGAUGUUAAGACAGGUGUUAUAUCCUACAAAAUUGCUGCUCAUGCUGCUGAUUUGGCAAAGGGUCAUCCCUAUGCACAAGCUUGGGACGAUGCCCUUAGCAAGGCAAGGUUUGAGUUUAGAUGGCUCGAUCAAUUCGCUCUAUCGCUAGACCCAGUAACUGCCAUGUCUUUCCAUGAUGAAACAUUGCCAUCUGAGGGUGCCAAAGUUGCGCAUUUCUGCUCAAUGUGUGGGCCCAAGUUUUGUUCAAUGAAAAUCACAGAGGAUAUUAGAAAGUAUGCGGAUGAACAUGGCUACGGAACAGUAGAGGAAGCUGUGAAGGAAGGGAUGAAUGCUAUGAGUGCUGAAUUUUUGGCUGCAAGGAAGACAAUUAGCAGGGAACAGCAUGGUGAAGCUGGAGGGGAGAUCUACGUACCAGAAAGCUAUGCAGCUCACAAAUGAGAUCUCCUCAGAGCCACCCAACGAAGCAGAUUUGCUGGCUAGGGCCUUCGGCAGCAGCAAUUCUACCAUCUUAUGUUAGGAGAUGGUAAGCAGUAUGUGAAUGCCAUUAUGGAUUGUAAUAAAAGGAAACUCCGUUCUGUGUCCAUUUGCAUUAUUUUGCUCCCUCAAGUAUUGUUGCGUCACUACGGGAUUGUUGGUGAUGAAAGUUGCACCAGGGGUGCCUGUAUUCUCAACAGUGUAAAGGCCUCAUGGCCUUGACUGUUGUGAGAUGGGCUGAGAAAGUCCCUUUGAACCUGAACAGGAUAAUGCCUGCGAAGGGAGCGUGCAAUUCCGUUUUCAUUUUUUUCAGGAACCUGUCAGUCUUCUCGUGGAAAUUGAGGUACCAACUGUCCGUGAACGUUCACGGCUCUGCAGAUGGGUCUGCCAGUUUCUUACCACUGAGGUAACAUGGUACUCCUUUUGCAUGAUUUUAUCAACCAGCUGUGUUACCGUUUCCACAAAGAGUGGAGUAUGCUUUCAAAUAACACUCAAACCAUCAAUACACAUCCAUGAAAUUUUGUGAAGAAUUUGCUAUUCCUAUUAACAUAUUUCUAUAACUGUCUAUCUACAUUUAUUUACAGUAGACGUGUAAAGCAAGAUAUUUAGAACUGCUACAGAUUGAGGUGGGGGGUGGUUAGCUGCAUGAUGUCUCAGUUUGAGGGUGGAAGUACCAACCAGAUUGCAUUUAACUUGAUCAUGCCAUCAUAUGGUAGUCAUCUUUUGAGAUAACUAAUAUAGUUCUUUCGGUACAGAAACUUUUGCCCUUCUCGUUAGGAUGGUCAGAUAGUGUAGUUCAAUAUUGCACGAAAUCUUUUCUUAACGGAGAAUAUUGUAAAUAUCUCACAUAAACAGUUUUCAAAUUCAGCAUUAUGCACGAUUGUUUACAAAUGUCUGUUUUCUUAUAGCAGAGGCAAGAUCUUAAAACAUCAUAAAUUCAAAAUAGAAAUACAUCGUAAGUCAUUGCAUUGGUGGAGAAUAAUUUAUCACAUUUACCUUUUGUCAAGUGCACGUCUCUCAUGUAUCAUUGCCUGCUUCACUUUUUUGUACUGCAUUAUACCUAUGUUCAUAUAAUCCAACUGCCAUGGCUGACGUGAGAUGUCAAGAAAAAUCUUGCGGUGAAGCAAACAAUUCUGCUGUUGCUGGAUCUUUUGUGCUUCUGUGGUACCAAUACCAAUGAACUAUGCUCGUUUACAAAUUGAAGAUUAAUACUGAAUGUACUUCAACGGCAGAGUUUCAAACCUUUUAGGAGAUGAGCUAGGCACCCGAUUUUUGUGGUAUUGGUGCUCAUUCUCAUGCCAUGUCAUUCUUUAUAAGGGCUUGGUUAGCAAAUUUGAGACGUUAACUACUAUAAACGUCCGUUAUGAUAAUAUGAUCUAUGUGUAACGGUCUGAAUGUACCCCCUGAGUAUCAAUUUUGCUACUGAACCGCUGCUUUGCUGAUA